UUAUUAUCAAUUUUGACUUUCAUAUUUCUAAAAAAAAUGAUAUCUACAAUCCAAAUCACUGAUUGGUGAAAUUUUUAAAAGUUCCAAACGUUCGCCAAACGAAGCGCUUUUAAGCCAAAUGUUGGCGUACUUCCAGUAACCUAUGGCGUGUGUUGAAUCCCCGUGAGGUCGCCGGGAACGACCCGACCGUCGCGGUGAUUCCGGACCGUCUCUAGUUGGAAGCCAAGAGUAGCGACAUAAACAUCACUCCCGUGGCAUGUGUUGGUGAAAACUCGCCGGAAUUGCUCGCUCCGCGUGUUCCGCAUGAACUCGAUUCUCCGUUGCCAAUAUUCUUUUGACAAAAUCAACCAAAAACUAUAAAGGAUUUUUCAUCUCCAAAAUAAUUUCGAUCUGAAUUGUGUUUGUUGACGAAUUUUGGAGAAUUAUUGUGGCGUGGCAGAGGAACGAUAGCUGAUUUCACCGUUGAGUGAUAGGUGUGCGGUGUGAUGAGGUGUGAGUCCGCCAGAGGGCGUUGCUCGACAGUGCUUCAAUGAAACUGUCAGUCAAAUUGCGACCGACUGCUGAAGGUCGAUCAUCCGAAAUUUUGCCGCUCGUUUUCCCACCUUCGCUGCUUUUGUUGCCGUUUCAGCGAGAAAAAUGUUACUCAGUAGGGGAAGAUGGUGAGCCUGGGAAAGAGGGCAAAAGCUCUGAAGACCACUCAGACACUGCUUCUGUUGAUGGUGAUGACGCGAAUGAGCAGCACUUAGACAAUAAUAGUAAUUCUUCUCACUCCAGUCGUAGUUCAACUCCUGAGCUACCACCUCCAGCGUCUCCACUUCUUCUACCUCCACCACCACCUCCACCUCUCUUAAAAGAGGAUCGAGAGAUGGAAUUAUUAAACAAAGCCUCAUCAGUAAUGGACAUAUCAAGAAACGCGGUCCCUAACCCUGAGCUUAUACAGACCGCAGACGAAGAUGAUGACGAUGCUGACGAGGACAUGGCCUCGAGUGUGGCCACAGAAGACGAAACACCUCUCGAUUUUAGUGUAAAGCGAAGCACUGAAGACGAGAGUACGGAUGAUGACCGGUCAAUAACACCAAAUGGACUCAACCCACCUUCCAUAUCUCAGGACGGUCCCCUCGAUCUGUCUGUGCCUCGGAGACGGAGUAGCAGAAGUGGGGGUCACUUCGAACAUCCAAGGCAAGCUAAAAUGGCCAAGUUGGACUCUGCUCUAUCUGUGCCCAGCAGUCCUUGGGGUUAUAAUGCUCCGAAGCAUUUACCCAAGACAAUGGUCAAAGCAGCAGUGGUUGAGGUUCCCAUGUGGAAUGGUAAAGUAAAGUCUGAUAAGCGUGAUAAAAGCUAUCAUCACUCUGUAUCAUCCUCCAAACAUUCUUCGCUCAACAGAUCUAGUGCUUAUAAUCCUGUAAUGCAUAAAAAUGCGAGCCCACCUUUAGACUCUUUAAAAGUGAGCAAUAAAAGUUCUAAAAAUGAUCCCUUCAGGCCUGCAGGGAGACAAAAUCCUUGGCAAAGUCAAUGGAUGAGUCGUAGUAGUGAGCAGACUAGGGACGUAUUCACAUGUGUGUGGUGUAAAGAAGCAUUUCGAAGCUUAGCUGAAAUGACAGUGCAUAUGAAACAAUCACCUCGAUGUGGUAUGGCUGGCAUGCAAAAUACCCUUCCCGCAACAUCCCCCACUUCAACGUCUUCAAUGAAUCAUCAAGCAAAUCUUCACCAAUCCCCAUUACCCGCUAAAUGUUCCACUUCAUCUGCAUCAUCAGCUGGGCCAGCAGCAAAUGCUGUCAUAAAAGAAAACGUUUCUCUUCCAAGGAAGCUUGUUAGAGGACAAGAUGUUUGGCUAGGUAAGGGGGCAGAACAAACUAGACAAAUACUGAAGUGUAUGUGGUGCGGACAGUCUUUCAAAACUCUUGCAGACAUGACUACACAUAUGCGUGUAACCCAGCAUUAUACGAAUAUCAUCAGUCAAGAGCAAAUAAUAUCUUGGCGAACACCUGAAGACAAAAUGGCAGCUCAAUCUCAAGUAAAUGCGGUUCUCACUUGCAAAGUGUGUGACCAAGCAUUUGGUAGUCUUAAGGAACUAAGUUAUCAUAUGGUUAAAAAUUCUCACUAUAAGGAACAUAUUUUGCGCUCAAUAACUGAGGGUGGAGGUAGACGUAGGCAGACUAGGGAAAGGAGGAAAAAAUCUCUUCCUGUUAGAAAGCUUUUAGAAUUAGAGAGGAUGGAGUUGAACAAGCAAAAUCCUACCAGUACAAACGAUCUCAUUACUCAGGCGAAGAAUGAGGUUGUUGAUGGUAAAAUAUCGUGUGAAGAAUGCACCGAAAAAGUAGAUGCCAAAGACUUUGUACAGCACAUUAAGAACUGCGCUCAGGGAUCUAGAUCUCAACACUCUGUGAAGUCUUCACCUGGCUCAGAAGGAGCUAAAUCCAUGAGUGAAAACAAUUUAGACACUCCCACCACAUCAGGAGCUGUGCAAAGUUCUUCACCCGUUACAUCCCAGGAUCUUCCAUCUGAAGAAGGAAGUAAAACACCAGGUGGUCAAAUUCUUCCUCAAGAAGAUAGUAUGUGUGAUAGCGUUGAAAGUACUGGUAGUACGUCUGUUUUAAAUGCAAUCGAGAAACUAAUUGAAAAAAGUUUUGAAAGUAAGGGUCGACGAAAUACUGUUUCUACAGGAAUUUUGCAGCGGUUGGGUAUUGAUGAAGAAGUAUAUCCACCAUGGCAUCCAUCUAGUUCACCCAGUGCUUUCGGGGCUUUACGCAGCUCAUUAGAUUUUCAGAGAAAAUCUACAUCUCCCUUAGGAAGGAUGCACGAUUUUAAGAUGGAAAUGGCUGACUUUUCUGGUUCUGAAAGUCGAAGUAGAAGUUCCUCUACCUCUGAGAAACAUCCUAGUUUUGACGAACAUUUAAGACUAACUUUUGGGCUUUCAGCAAAAGAUGUAAUGAAUCGGGUAUCCACUCCUAGUAGUGCUUCUCAAUCUUGCUCACCUGUUCAUUUUCAGCCAGAAUCUCCUGCUGAAGAUCGAAAUGCAGUUUUCUUAACCAAAGAGAUCACAAAUUCCAAUAUAGCGUCUACUUCUCAAGUUGUUAGUAAUGCGUCACCUAAAACCCGAUCUACAACUCCUUCAUCUGAUCGAGAAAUUCCAGAAAAGAAUUCAGCCAAAGAAAAUGAGCAAAUGGAGAAAUCCAAGGAAACUACAGAAAAAGAAGUUGAAGUUAAGGUUAAAGAAGAGCCAGAAGACAGAGCUUCUGACGACGAAAAGCCAAUGGACUGCAGUAGCGCAAUAUCGCCUAAGAGUGAAGACAGGCGAACGCCUUUAUCUAGAAGCUCGAGUGUCGAGCCCGAAAUAGCUUUACCUACUAGUCCUUCAGCAAUAAAAAGUGAAAUGUCUCCAAACAAACACUCGAAAAGCAUUCCGAAAAAGAAACGAAAUCAUGAAGUCCACCGAAAAUCACCGUCGUCGAGCAGUAAGCGACGUUCUCAUUCUCAUCGUCGAAAAGACUCUGAUACCGGCAAUAACGAAGGUUGUGAUAGUGUUCUUGGCUCACCUUUAUCAGCUCAUAGUUCUGACGUGACUUCACCCCGUCAGAAGUCACACAAUGACUCUGCAGCCGGUGACCAUCCUCUCAAAGAACUCCAAAAGUUGCUAGACAAAACCGACGCUCACCUCUCUCGACCAAAUUUGCCUGCAACUCCUGGUUCCAUCCUGGCUUUCAGUUGGGCAUGCAGCGAGGCUACAACGUCAGACUCUUUAAUGAAGUGCGCCUUUUGCGACACUCACUUCAUAUCCAAAGGUGCGUACAGGCACCAUUUAAGCAAAAUGCACUUUGUGAAAGACGGUAGUCUGGCUGAGAUAGCUGCAGCUUCUACUUGGAAGCCGCCACCUUCUUCCUCAGGUAACAAAAAUUCUGCUGGAGCCAGUAAUAGUAAUGGCUGCAGUGGUUCUGGAUCUGCCUCUGGCAGCCGGACAGGCAACAACGAGCCAGGACACCCAGCUUCUCCCCAAAAAGAACUUGUUGCUCCAGCACCAGCUGAUGAAAGUCCCCAUUCCAAAUUUCUCAAAUACACCGAACUCGCCAAACAACUAUCGAGCAAAUAUGUGUGAUUUUGUGCAUAGACAUAAUUCAUUAAGUGUAAAAAAAUUGAUAAAAUGGUGCCUCCAUUACAAAUGCCAAGUUUUUCUCUUUUUAUUGGGAUUCUCUUGACGACCCAGUGAUAUGAACAACUGGUGCUGCUACCCUGUUUGUGUACAUCCAGUUGAUAAACAAAUGCAUGAGACAUUGACACAGACGCACAAUGUCUGCUGGAACCUCUGUACAUAGUUAUAAAUACACACUCCUAUACAUAGAUCUAUAAAUAUUAUAAAUAAUUACGUACGGAACUCGAGUCUUACAAUCUCAGUCUUAAUCACCGACAGGUUAUACAAUUAUUGAAUUCUUAAUAAAAAAAAUUCUUGGAAAAGUAAGCACUCGUUUUAGAAAGCUUUCUUUUUGGUAUUCUUUAUAAAAAUUUUGAUGGGAGAUAAUCGCCUCUCUAUAUUCCAACAUAAAAAAGCAAGUUCUGCUCUCAGGUUAUUGCCAAUAACAAUAAAGAAGCACAUUUUAGCAAUCUUUGAUUUUUAUUGGUGCAUCUUCUAAUAAGGUCUGCAGCCACAGCCUUAUUGUGUUUGAUUACCUAUUGUGAUAUUGCAAAUAUUUUAUUUUAAUUUAAGCCACAAUUUUUUUUUAUUAUUAUUAUAAUUCCACUUGUUAAUUUUCUCUUAAUAUCUGUUUUUUUUGUUUUGUUUGAUAUGCAUUAAUUUUUUUUAAAAUUAUUUUUAUAGGUAAUAGCAGCGAUUUAAUCAGAAGAAAUUAAAUUGAUAUUAAUACUAAGGAGUAUAGACAAUUUUUAGUGGGAUUUCUUAUUCUUAUCUAAUCAUAAUCUCCAACCCAGCAUUAAUAUUUGAGAUAAGUUGUAAAACAUACAUUAAUGUAGUUUUGGUAUUUAAUUAUUACCAAUGUUAUGAGUUUUUACGAAACCUCAAUUAUGAAACAGUAAUUCAAUUUAAAAUACCGCAAAAUCCAUCUUUCUAAAAAUUAUAUUUUACUUAUAUUUUUUAAGCAUACUUAUAUUUUCCUAUAAGCCAAUUAAAUUUUUAUCUUAAUGGUAACUUGCAUUACAAUUUGCUAAAUUUAGGAUUUUAGAUUUCGCGCUUUAAACAAAUUAAAGUAAGGAAAAAAUCGUUCUUGUGAUUACUGGAGAUAUAAAUGUUAUUAUUUUGUUAACUGUAAAAUGUUUUUAUGCAGUAUGAGUGAGAUACUAUAUUGAUACAUGACAAUUCAUUUUAAUGUGCAAAAAAUUCUAAAGUUCUCAGUUCUGAUUAUUUCAAAACAAUAUUUCUAAUUAUAUUAAGUCACUUUUUUAAUAACUAUCAAACGAAUUGAAAAAAAAAAAUGCUUAAAUGAAACUCUGCAAAUCAUAUCUUAUAUUUUACAAUUUUAAUAUCGUUUCAAUAUUGUAUUUAGAUUUGCGAGCUGUGCUCGACUAAAUGUAUGAAGAUUUAUUUAUAUGAUUAGAAUAUGCAAUUAUUUAAAUAAGAUAUUAAUUUUAGGGAUGUAAUAAAAAUUAACUUUUAACAUAGAAGUUAUAGUUCACAAAAAAAAAGAGUCUGAUUAUUUCCAAUUACUUAAAUUAUUAAAAUAAAACGUAAAAUGUUAGUUAAUAAUGCUUAUUUAUAUGUUUUCAAGUGUUAAAUUUCUCAGAUAUAUUGCAUAGAAACAUUAUAGACUAAUAUUGUAUCGUUAAAUUUUGUCUCUUUGUUGCUCAAUAUGUGGUGAUGUUACUCGACGUUUUCUCAGUAUUUUGUUAAUUUGAAAUUGACGUUUCUUUAAAUCUGAAAACGUAGAUUGGGUAGUAACUUGGCUGAAAAUGACAUAUUCUAAAUUGUUCUUUUUUUUUCUUCUCUUCAAUCGUUUGCCAAAUAGACUCCUGACAUCUGUCAGUUGUGCAACGUCAAGUUGUUAAACGACAACAAAUAAUAGAAAUUCUGUGUUUUCAGAAUUAGCAAUGUUUUUAGUUUUAUAAUGCCUU